AUGGCGACCAACGUCCACCUCAGCACGACCAUGGGCGACAUGGUCCUGGAGCUGUACACGACGCACGCGCCCAAGACGUGCAAGAACUUCGUCGAGCUCUCGCGGCGCAACUACUACGACGCGUGCCCCGUGCACCGGAUCAUCACCGACUUCAUGAUCCAGACGGGCGACCCCACGGGCACCGGCCGCGGCGGCACCAGCAUCUACGGCGACAAAUUCGACGACGAGAUCCACGCCGAGCUCCGGCACACGGGCGCCGGCAUCCUGAGCAUGGCCAACGCCGGCCCCAACACCAACGGGAGCCAGUUCUUCAUCACCCUGGCGCCUACGCCCUGGCUCGAUGGGAAGCACACCAUCUUCGGGCGCGUCAAGAGCGGGCUGGGCGUCGUCAAGCGGAUGGGCAUGGUCAGGACCGACAAGGAGGACCGGCCCGUCGAGGAGGUCAGGAUUUUGAAGGCGAAGGUGGUGGACGAGGGCGACGCAUUUUCUUGA